AGUAUCCCUUUGGUUUCCCACUUCACCAACUUCCCAUUUUUCUUCUACUUCAUCUAUCUUCUUCUCUUCUCUCAAAUGAUCCCAGGUUGACCAUGUGUCGUCCACAACCAGGGAUAGAUCCACCAUAAGGCAUGGGAACUAUGUUGGGAAGAGGAAGAAGAAGAAGAUGAAAACUGAGAAGUAAAAGAAGAGCGGUCUUGAACUUGAUGUGUGUAGUUGGCGUUGCCAUGUUAGUAGUAUGCAGCUGGUUAUUUGUGUCUUCUUUCCUAAGAGUUGGGUUUGGGUAUCUGUUAUUUUCUUUGUCAAUUGAUUUUGGGCCAUUCACUUGCUUUCUUUGAAUCUGCUUAGUUGACGUCGCAACAUCUUAAUUUUCUAUUUUUAUUAGGAUUGGUGAACUUCCUCUCAACUUAAGUCAGUCAACAUAUUACUAGUAUUUGUCAAGUGUUGACCGGGCUCACUACCGAUCAUUUGUGGUAAAACUAUGAAGCACGGACACUCCUCGAAUUAGGCGUGUCCUAUUGUCAUGUCCGAUACCGACACUUGUAAUUACACUGAAUUAUGUCAUUUUUUCAAAUUAUUAUCUGUGUUGGCGUGUCAGUGUUCGUGUCGUGUCCGGUGCUCGUGUCUGUAUCGGUGUUUCAUAGGGUAAAAGUGUCCUAAACGUAGAUUUGAUGUGGUUUUUUUCAAGUAAGAUGGGAUAUGGUUAGUAUAGUUGUUUGUUAUUGGUUAGUAUAGAUUAAAUAAAGAAUAAUAAUUAGAUAUUUAUCAAAGUUAAUAUACAUUGUCAUACCCUGUAUUAAGGAUUCAAACUUUCAUCUAUUUGUUUUCCUAUUGAUCUUUGGAUGUAUCAAAAUUGUAUAAACAAAUAUCUCUUAUGUUAGUCAUAUUUAUCCUCAUAUUUGUUUUUAGAUAGUCGAAUUAGUCUUUGGAAGUGUUUUUUUGUUGUUCAAUUCAGUCCUUACAAUUACUAACUAAUCUAUCAUGUAACAGAGCUUAGGAUGGCGUGAUCUUGACGCUCGUGUUGAUGACAAUUAGGUACGGCAGCAAAGGUAACCCAGUGCGGCGGUAACCGUUCUCCGAUGGAGGGGAAGGGACCGACAAAACAUAUAGCCGCUCCGACGCUCAAAUCAGUAUAUGAUCGAGGUGGAAAAAGCAUGUAAACGUAGGUGAAUGGUGACUGUGAUUCGUACAUAGGCGUGGCAGCAAUGCCAAGUUUAAAUAGACUAGCAGGUUCGUAUGCGCCGUGUAUGUGCUAGCCAUUAGACUUCAAGUAAGAAUAUAUUUCAACACUUUUAUGAGCAUAGCUGAUGUGCUAGAUUUGGUUUCACUAAAAUGGAUUUGCAGAUAAUGUCCCAUUCAACUUUUUGUCCUUUUUUCAUUUUUCUUGAUUUCACUCAUAAUAUCCCUUCCAACCUAUGUUGAACAAUAUGUUAAUAUAUCUAUUCUUUAAGUUUGUUAUAGGUAGGGAGUAAAACUAGAUAAUAUAACAUUUACAUUUUUCUACUUCAUUCGCAGUUGAUUAUGGGUGGGGAGUACAAAUUAAUUUAUAUUUUUACAUGGACCAAAAUUCAAGCGACUCAUAUUUUCCCAACACUUAUAGCAUCGAACUCCAAUAACUUACCUUCAUGUUAUUGAAACUUCAUUAACAGUCGAUUUGUAGUUGAAUAUUAUUGGCAAAAAAACUUAAGUCUUGUAAAUUUGAAAUUAGCAUCUUUCAAUCCACUUGGAUUAGCAUGGUGGUAUUGAAUUGAGACAUUGGAGUAUGCUCCUCCUCAAGUUCUCAGGUUCGAUUAUCCUUGAUGCCAAUUUAGGUGGGCUAAUUUAGCUUAUUCAAAAAAAAUAUAUCGUAAGAAAAAAAAAUCAAAGAAGGGGGGAGCUUGGAAAGUUCCCUGUUAAGAGUAACUAAAACCAAAAUAGUUUUUUAAGCAACAGUGAAAGUGAUUGCUCUAAGCAUGGCAUUACUCAUGCAUAGUCUUCCAUUGACUUUUCUCCAGUCAAACAUCUAGUUUUUUUGUUAUGUGACUAAUUUAUUCAAAGUACUUUGUUCAACUGAUCAUGUAGAUAACAAUUUUGAUAUCUUUGCCACUUGAGUUGGAACUUGUUGACAAUAAUGAAUACUAUUUAAUAGGCUACAUUGCCACUUGAGUCGGAACUUGUUGACAAUUAUGAAUAUUAUUUAAUAGGCUACAAAUUGAAUAUUCAAGUAUUGUUGGAGAAAAACAACUAUUAAUAUUCAUGCCCAAAGUCAGUGACUCAAAUUUGUGACACUCUCUUUGUCUCUGAACAUUUACCUUUCUGGAAUGGGGAGAAAUUCUUCAUUGCAACUAAGUAUUCUUUGCUUCAAUAUUGUCCUGUUAUUGUUGGCAUGGUCAAGAGUGAAAAGAAGCCACUGCUUAGUGCCGAAACAAAAGUCUGUUAUGAGCAUAGGUGUUGUGCUUGAUUUGGUUUCAUUAAUGGGAAAACAUCAAAAGAUAGCAAUGGAAAUUGCAGUCAAAGAGUUCAACAACCAAUUGAGUUCGUCCAAGCUGGAUUUGCAGAUAAAAGAUUCACAUGGCAAUUCUGCACAAGUUAUUUCAAGUGUUAUGGAUCUCUCACGGAGCAACCAGGUGCUGGCCAUCGUAGGAACGAUUACACACAACGAAGCAACACUUGCUAGUGAAUUCGACGACAACAUAAAGAACACUCCUAUCUUGUCUCUAACUUCAUUUGCUGGCAGACAAGAAUUAUUAUCUCCUAGAUUGCCACAUUUCAUCCAACUCGGAGAUGAUAUUAACCAUCACAUCCAAUGCAUUGCAGCAAUUGUAGGAGAAUUCAGAUGGAAAAAGGUGGCAGUAAUUUAUGAACAUAAUAAUGACUACUUUUCCUCUGAUCCAGAAAUAAUACUUAGCCUCUCCAAUUCUCUUAAACUUGCUGGUUCUGAAAUUGAAAGCCAUUUAGCUAUUCCUUCUUUAUCCACACUUUCAGACGCAGAAUCUACAAUUGAAAAUGAGCUUAAUAAGUUGAAAAGGAAGAGUAAUAGGGUCUUCUUGAUUGUUCGUUCUUCUUUAGAGUUGGCUAAUAUUAUUUGUGAGAAAGCAAAACAAAUAGGUUUGAUGGAAAAAGGUUCGGUAUGGAUUAUCCCGGACGAGGUUGCUGGCCUACUUGAUUCAGUUAACUCUUCUGUUAUCUUCAACAUGCAAGGUGUUGUUGGAUUUAGAACACACUUCAUAGAAAUGAAUAAGGGUUUCAGAAAGUUUAAAUUCCUAUUCCGAAGAAAGUUUGCACUAGAAUACCCUGAAGAAGAUAGUGUUAACCCAAGUAACAUUGCACUUCAAGCAUAUUAUGCAACUAAAGCUAUUGCUGAAGCUGCAAAUAAAUUAUCACAAGGAAAGUUCAGACUUGAACAAUUCUCAGAAAAGAUUUUGUCAAGAAAAUUUGAAAGACUGAGCGCAAAGACUUUCUCCAAGAAUGGACAAUUUCUCCAAUCACCAACCUUCAACAUAAUUAAUGUGAUUGGGAAAAGUUAUAGAGAAUUGGCACUUUGGUCUUCAACACUUGGUUUUUCAAAGAACAUAGUUAGACAUCAAGUGAUGGAGAUGACAAACACAACUAAUGAUUCUAAUGGAGUUUUCAGCACAGUUUAUUGGCCUGGAGAUUUUCAAUCGGUUCCCAAGGGAUGGAUUCACAGUAACGAGGAUAGGUCAUUGAAAAUAGGAGUGCCUGCCAAUGGUGUCUUUACUCAGUUUGUGAAUGUAACACAUGACAGUAGGAAUGGAACUUUGAUAACAGGUUUCUCUAUCGGCGUCUUUAAAGUAGUUGUCGAACGUUUACCUUAUGAUUUACAGUACAAGUUUAUCCCGUUCAAUGGCUCAUACGAUGAAAUGGUUUAUCAGGUCUACAAUAAGACAUUGGAUGCUGCAGUUGGUGACACAGCGAUAGUGGAAUACAGAUAUCAUUUAGUGGACUUUUCACAACCGUAUGUUGAAUCUGGCCUCCAGAUGGUGGUUACUGAGCAACCAGCAAAAUCAAAAGAAACAUGGAUGUUUUUGGAUGCCUUUACGAAAGAGAUGUGGCUGAUGAUAGCAGCUACGCAUAUUUUUGUAGGUGUUGUUAUUUGGUUGAUUGAACGGGAAGCUAACCCAGAUCUUAGGGGUUUCGGAUCGAUGCUUUGGUUUUUAGUCACAGUACUAUUUUAUGCACAUAGAGAACCAAUAAGAAAACCAUUAGCUCAGGUUGUACUGACGCCCUGGUUAUUUGCUAUUUUCAUUGUGACAAAUAGUUUCACAGCAAGUUUGACAUCCAUAACUAUUUCACAAGUAAAGCCAUCGGUGUUAGAUAUCCAGACCCUUAAAGAAAGAAAUUCACCAGUCGGGUGUAAUGGAAAUUCAUUUAUUGUGAAGUAUUUGAUUGACGUACUAAAGUUUAAGCCUGAGAAUAUUAGGAAAAUAAAUUCCAUGAGUGACUACGCUGCUGCCUUUGAGAAGAAGGAAAUUGAAGCUGCCUUCUUUGUUGCGCCUCAUGCUAAAGUCUUUCUAGCAAAGUACUCAUGUAAGGGCUUCAUCAAAGUGGGGAACGUUUUCAGGCUUGGCGGCUUUGGUUUUGUAUUUCCAAAAGGUUCAAGUCUAGUUGCUGACAUAUCAGAGGCAUUGCUGAAUAUGAUAGAGAGCGGAGAAACAGAACAGCUCGAAAAAAAUAUGUUGAACGAGAUAGAGAGUGAAAGCAAAGCCAAUUGUUCUUCUUUAGAGAGCAACAAGGGGAAAAAUAAUUCAUCUAUAGGCCUUCAGCCUUUCCUUGGUCUGUUUUCAAUCUGUUCUAUUUUUGCUGUUCUUGCAUUGUCAUAUCACAUGAUUUGUUUGUUAGUGAAGAAUGUAGAAACUUUGAGAAAACACACAGUUUUAGCAUUAACACGAUUAUGGAGAUGUACAACCAAGUUUUUUGCUUGGUGUCGUUCGAAACUCCAAUCAAGAAUCUUAAGAAGAGUAAGAAAUAACAGUGAAACAAGAAAUGCAUCAGAGGAGAAUGUCACUAAUAGCCAGCAAAUUCUAGUAGUGGUUGAGUUUGUCGAUAAUGUACUGGCUGCUCAUGCUUCAUGAACAAUUAAUGUUACAUACUACGAUUGUAAAAAUGUUUGUACAAUAUAUUAUGCCGAUACAUUUUAAGAUAUUAUGACAGGUGUGUGAUUCAUGUUAAGUAAUGAACUUGUUGAUAUGGUUAUGGUGCUCA